CAUAGACUACUUUGUCAAACUCUUUUUUUCGGUGAAGUUCGCCAUUUUGAACGUGUUUUGCGCGUAAGCUCGCUCGAAACUCAAAUAAUUAAAAAUGGGUCACGCAAAUAUAUGGUAUUCUCACCCCCGUAAAUACGGACAAGGAUCACGGUCAUGCCGCGCCUGCUCCAACAGACACGGUCUUAUCCGCAAAUAUGGACUGAACAUUUGCCGACAAUGUUUCAGGGAGUACGCUCACGACAUAGGAUUCAAGAAGCUGGACUAAAUGUUUGGAGAUUAGGUUAAUAAAUUCUAAAACCCA